UAACAACAUAUUUCCUGUUAAUCAUUCGGGAGUGAAACAGUGUGUGAACUUAGGAAUUCAGCUCGAGAUCUAAAAUCCAGAUCAGAUUUCUGAAACAACAAGGUUUCAUUUGUUUGUUAGGGUGAGCUGUAUAUUCUUUUUUUACUCUGCGAGAAUCUCUAAAGAACCACCAUGAUGAGGUGGAUGUCAGGUGAUAAUCAGCGCAAGAAAGAACCAGAGGUGUUUGGUAAUGUAGUUGAGGGGCUCAAGAAAAUCUACAGAAACAAGCUACUCCCACUCGAGGAAACUUACAAAUUUCAUGAUUUUCAUUCCCCGCAAUUAGAUGAUCCAGAUUUUGAUGCGAAGCCAAUGAUUCUUUUGAUAGGACAAUAUUCUACUGGUAAAACCACAUUUAUUCGUUAUUUACUGGAACAAGAUUUUCCUGGAAUUCGAAUUGGCCCAGAACCUACCACAGACAGAUUUAUAGCAGUAAUGACUGCUGAGUCAGAAGGAGUGAUACCAGGAAAUGCUCUUGUCGUUGACCCCAAGAAACAAUUCAGACCCUUAACUAAGUUUGGGAAUGCAUUUUUGAACCGAUUUCAAUGUUCUCAUAUGAAAAAUCCUGUUUUAGACAGUAUUACAAUUGUUGAUACACCUGGUAUUUUAUCUGGAGAAAAACAAAGAGUUGACAGAGGGUAUGAUUUUGCCGGAGUCCUAGAAUGGUUUGCAGAACGAGUUGAUAGAAUAAUCUUGCUGUUUGAUGCACACAAGUUGGAUAUUUCUGAUGAAUUCAGAAGAGCCAUCGAGGCUAUUAAAGGUCAUGAUGAUAAAAUUCGCAUUGUCCUAAAUAAAGCAGAUAUGGUUGAUCAUCAGCAACUUAUGCGUGUUUAUGGUGCUCUUAUGUGGUCACUAGGGAAGGUACUAAAUACACCUGAAGUUGCUAGAGUCUAUAUUGGGUCAUUUUGGGAUCAGCCACUGCAGUUUGAUAUGAAUCGGCGACUCUUUGAAUUAGAAGAGCAAGACUUGUUUAAAGAUCUUCAAAUGUUGCCAAGAAAUGCUGCUUUAAGAAAGUUAAAUGAUCUCAUCAAAAGAGCAAGAUUAGCAAAGGUACAUGCCUACAUUAUAGCACAGCUAAAAAAAGAUAUGCCCUCCAUGUUUGGAAAGGACUCAAAGAAAAAAGAGCUCAUUGCCCGUUUGCCAGAUAUAUUUGCCCAGUUGCAGCGUGAGCAUCAGAUUUCACCAGGUGACUUCCCAAACUGCAAGCGAAUGCAAGAACAGCUUCAACACCAAGACUUUAGCAAAUUUCAUCAGAUUAAACCCAAACUCUUAGAAGUUGUUGACUCUAUGCUUGCAAAUGACAUAGCCAAAUUGAUGCAGAUGAUCCCAGCUGAGGAGUCAGAAAUGGCUCACAAUGAACUAGCUAAUGGAAACAUACAUGGCGGAGCUUUUGAAGGCUACACUGAAAGUCCUUUUGGUGUAGGACGGGGUGAAGGUGUUGACGCAGGGCGUGGAGAGCACGAAUGGGUUGUUGAGGCCAGCAAAUAUGAAUAUGAUGACUCCUUCUCUAAACUGAACCCUGUCAAUGGUAAAAUUUCUGGUGCUGCAGCUAAAUCUGAGAUGGUGAAAUCCAAACUUCCCAAUACAGUUCUAUCAAAAGUCUGGAAGUUAGCGGAUAUUGAUCGGGAUGGAAUGUUAGAUGCUGAUGAAUGGGCUCUUGCUAAUCACCUUAUAAAAAUUAAGCUAGAAGGUCAUGACCUGCCCAACACACUACCCGACCACCUAAUACCACCAUCUAAACGUGAUGGUGCUUCUACGCUUGCUUCUUAGUUUCAUAGAAAAACUUUUAAAAUAGAGUUUCUGGCAGAUUGUAUGGAAACUCUAUGAUAUUAUUGACUAGGUUAACUUGUGGGACAUCAGACUAAGCCAACAUUCAUGAAAAUAUGUGCCUCCUUAUUGUCCAUUGAUAUCUAGUUUUUUUCUUCAGAUUGUGGGAGUUUUUUUUUACCAGAUUCCUAAGUUAACCUAUAAAUCUAAUGUAUGAAAUCAGUGGUAUUUUAUUAUAACAUAUAGAUUAUACAUAUAUUUCAAACUUUCAUGUUCAAACAAAAAUGGAGAAAAAUAUCUAAUAUCAGUUACUUUAUUAAAGGAUUAUCAGCAUUAACUUUUGAGUUGUUAAGUUUUGUGUGUGUAUAUUGUUUUUUUUCCCUAUAGUUUUAUCAUUAUUAAUAUUAUAAUCAGUGGUAGGUUUGUUUCUUUUAGUGUUGAUAUAUUUUGGUCAAUUCCAUGCACAGAGAUUUUUUUUUAAAGAGUUAUUAUACAUUUGUCAACACAUUUUCUUCAAGUUGUAAAAUAUUAUUUUUCGAAUUUUUGACAUUGAAAAACCUUUUAAUAGAAGUGUUUGUUUUUAAUAAUUUGUCUUACAUACUUAAAAACUGCUUUAUAUUCUGUUUAUUGGAGCUGAUUCAAUAUUCCAAUUAUAGUUAAUGUAAUAAACUUAUUUGUGUGGCGGCAUUGAAUGAUGCCUAUUGUCUUCACUUACAAAGAAAAUGUUAUCCUUUCAUUUUUAUAGUUAGUCACUUUUAUUCUUGGAUUAAGAAAAUGUUUUGCUAUAUUUUUCUUCAAAGGGAUAAUUUAUAUUUGUUUAAUUUUAGUCUAGUGCAUAAUGUAUGAUAUAAUAGUUCUGUGUGUACAAAUGUACAUGCUUGUAAAAUAUUUUCACAAUUUCUGUACAUACUCUGCAAGUUGUGUCAAAUAUUUAAAAAUAUGUAACUGAAAUGAUUUUAUUUUCAAGGUGGUUGAAAUAAAAUAUUUUUGGAUCUUGUUUCAUUGAUUUCUUUGUGCAAUAACUUUAUUAGAUCCAACAAUUUAUUAUUCAUUUACCUAGAAAAUAAAACUGUUACUGUUAAACAUCCCUGUGUAUAUAUUUUUAACCUAAUUUUAAGCUCUUUUAGAUUUUAAAUUAGUAGAGCAGAAUAUUUGCAGAUAUGCUAUUGAUAAAAUAAAGGAGCAAAUGAAAACAAG